CCGCCCCCACACGGGGUCCACGCCGUCGCCGGCAGGGGGUGCGUCCCUUGACGUCCGCGUGGCGUCUGGGUGACGGCGCAGCGUGACCCCGCCUUCCGGGAGGGAGAUGGAGGCGCAAACAUCAAAUCAGACACAAACAGAUUCUCCAUCCCCUAAUCCAGUGUCACCAGUGCCUUUGAAUAACCCAACAAGUGCCCCAAGAUAUGGAACUGUGAUACCCAAUCGCAUCUUUGUAGGAGGAAUUGACUUUAAGACAAAUGAAAAUGAUUUAAGAAAAUUUUUUUCCCAGUAUGGGUCUGUAAAAGAAGUGAAGAUUGUAAAUGACAGAGCCGGAGUAUCUAAAGGGUAUGGUUUUGUCACUUUCGAAACACAAGAAGAUGCACAAAAAAUUUUACAAGAGGCUGAAAAACUUAAUUAUAAAGACAAGAAACUGAACAUUGGUCCAGCAAUAAGAAAACAACAAGUAGGGAUCUCUCGUUCUAGUGUAAUGCCAGCUGCUGGAACAAUGUAUCUAACCACUUCAACUGGAUAUCCUUACACUUACCAUAAUGGUGUGGCUUAUUUUCAUACUCCAGAGGUAACUUCUGUCCCACCAGCUUGGCCUUCACGUUCCGUAUCUAGUUCUCCUGUGAUGGUAGCUCAGCCUGUUUAUCAGCAACCUACAUAUCACUAUCAGGCCCCAGCACAGUGUCUUCCGGGACAGUGGCAAUGGGGUGUCCCUCAGUCUCCUGCCUCUUCUACUCCAUUCUUAUACCUACAACCUUCUGAAGUAAUUUAUCAACCCAUGGAGAUUGCACAAGAUGGUGGAUGUGUUCCUCCUCCACUGUCUCUGAUGGAAGCUUCUGUUCCAGAGCCUUAUUCUGAUCAUGGAGUUCAAGCAACAUAUCACCAGGUUUAUGCUCCAAGUGCCUUUGCUAUGCCCGCACCUGUGAUGCAGACUGAAGCAAUUAAAACAGUGUGGAGCAUUCAUUAUUAAGAAUGGUGGCUCUAAUCCAGCUCAACUGAUUUCUUGUCCAGUGAUCCUUGAAUGACCAAGAUCCUGCUGCAAGGGACUGGCUAGAAGCUGCCCAUUGUGAAAUUUAGGAUUAGUUAAUGCCUCAGCAUACUUAUUCCACUGUAAGCUGUCUCAAAUUUUAUGAAAUUUGCUUUUUCAGCUGUUUUACAAAAAUUAUUUAGGUAGAUGUGGCAUGUUGAUUUUUUAUGUGUUAACCUAACUGUAGUGACAUUUUUUACAUGUUUUAUCCAUUCCUAAAUAACAACCACAUUGGGAAUAGUGAGGUGUCUUUUAUUUUCUCUGCUUUGUGUUCUUAACUUUUAAAUACUAUGUUUCAUAUUCUUUUUUAUUUUAAUAUUUUGGAUAAGAAUCAUUUCAACUCUAAUAGAAUUUUUAAUAUUUCUGUACCUUUUAGAGUAUAUUAUUUAGCCCUAAUGAUUUACUGUUACUGGUUUGCUAUUUUGUCAUUGAAUAUGCUUUUGUUUAAUCUUUUAUUUAUUCAUUAUUGCUACUUAAUUUUAUUUCUGCCAGUUACUAGACUUUAGAUAGUAUUUAUAUUUUAUAUCUUCCAAAUAUGAAAAAUAUCACACAUGAUCAACAUAUUUGUUUCUUCAUGUGAUUAAUUUUGACUAUUAUUAAAUUUUUCUCUAAUGCUAACAGUAACAUAACCUACAAUAUCAUACAUUUGGUACUAUUUUUAUAUAAUAUAGAGCUACCUCGUGGAAUUUUAGUAAAAGGGCUUUCCUCUGAUACGAUCCCAUAACAUUAACUGACAUUCCACUGUAGUAGGGUGCCUGGAAUGCUUUCAUCUUUCAGCCUUCCCUUAUUUUUUUACCAGUAUAUUGAAUUACAUAUCUGACUGAUUGUUAAAAAUAUAAUUGUUUUUAUAAAAUGCAAAAUUAUUUCUUAUACCAAAGGAAAAAGAUUCUGAUUCUAAAGCCAAUCCACAUUAUAAAAUUGGAAAAUGGCAGAACUGUUGUUCAGAAGAUGCAGAACAAACCAAUAAGAGCUUUUAAUUACUAAGAUUUCUGUGGUAGCAGAAAUACCCCUUUUUAAUCAUUUGCAGUUCUUCCACUAACUUUUAGAAGAGAGGGAAAUCCCCCACUGGCAUUACUUUAAUAAAUCUCUUUUCCCUCUCCUGUUCAAACUGCAGAUGUGUUCCCUACUCAGCAGCAGCAGCCGAAACAGGACAUAGGCCCCAGAGGUUUUCCAAAUGUGUCAGAUAGGGUGUUUUCCUUUGAAACCAUGAGCCCAUCUGCCAGUCAGAUGGUUUCAUGAGAAUGGCAGGAACCUGUAGAUGUAUACUAGCAUAUACAAGAACCUCAUGUGCAUUAAUUAUUUUCAUUUAUCGAACUAUAAAUAGACUAAGUCCCACAAUGAAAUUUCAAGUUUUCGUUCUGUAAGUUAAAAAAAAUUAUUAACCACAGAUGUUAGAGAUCAUCUUUUAAAAGCAAUAUCCUUGAAAAUAAAAAAGUUGAUUGUUUUGAUAUUCAGAUAUUCAACAUGAUGCUAAACAAAUCCUGAAGUGUUAAUAAAAGUGAUGUAUUAUUGGGCAAGGAUUUUUGAUAAUAAUUAAUACUGAAGUGUGUUUAUUCCACAGUUACAUAGAUUAUAUGCAUUCACACAUUUAUAUUAUGUAUAUGCACACAUAUAUAGAUUAUAUGUGUAUUCUAUAUACAUUAUAUAUACGUAUAAUUCACACGUGUACUUUUAGAGUUUAGCUCAUAAAACUGGAUUUAUUGACAAUCUGAAUGUGUGGGUAAUAUCUAUUUCUUUAUGGCCUGGUUUGAUAGUACAAACAAGAUAAAUUUAGAAAAAAAAUUUUUCCUUACAUGUAAGAAGUGUAACCCAUUUUAUUUUUUCUAUUUUGUAGUGUAUCUUCAAUCAGUAAUUUUGAAAAGCUUUUACUUAGUACACAAAACUUCAAACUAGUAAACUAAUAAAUUAUGGAUUUGCAAUUUUAUCAUUCUUUUUAAGCAUGCCGCUUAAGAUAGUAUCAAUUAAUGUAAUACCAAACCUGAUUAUAAUUAAAGUGCACAGUAACAGACUAAAUAGAUAAGACAUUUUAUUUAAGAUAUCACUAGUAAGUGAUACCAUACUUACAUCUUUUUUAAAAACAUCCAAUUUAUAGAUUUUCCAUCUGUUGAUUUGUCUGUUUUCCUCAUUGAUAAUGUAUUUCUUAGUGAACAGAACCCAGAACUUGAUGAUUUGAUGUUUUGUUGAUAAUUUUCUGAGUGAAGCUAGUAUGUCAAUCCCAGGUUUGCGUUUCUAUCAAGGUGUGUACCUAUAGAUAACUGUCAUUUAGUAUUUCUAUAAAGGUGUUACUGGUCAUAAAUAUCUUUUUGGUGUGCUUCUUCUCUUUGGAAAGCAGGGUACACUUAGAGACCAAAGCCCCUCCGUCCUCUUCUACCAGUCUUCCCAGAUCAGCUCCUUUACUUGGUGGCUCACCAGAAAAAAUUUAGGGGAUUUUUAGGUUCCUCUCCAUUCCUUUCUUUGUGGAAUAGUGAUGAUAAAACAUCUCUACUAGGGGGAAAUCUUAGGAGAUGGUAGUUUUUGUAUUAUUUUGUUCUGUUAAAAAGAGUCAAGUUUCUUUCCUGAAGUACACAGGCUUCAAAAUAAGUUUCCCAAAUGUCUUAGCAUUUAUUUUCUCCCAUGACUUACACUGACAAAUUUUAUGGCAUUCCAUCUAGAUCCUUGUCACUGAUGAGUUUUGGUUCUUGGAAAGGCAUUUUCCCAUUGGCAGUUUCAAAAUAGAAAUGAAACUACGUAUUUACCUUCUGUUUCAUAAACCCCUGAGCCUACUAGUCGGCUCUUUCAGCUGGGGACAUUUCCUACCUACCCGCCUAUCUCCUCUUCAGCUUGUUCUCUACAUACCUCCCCCUAGUUCGGAUCAGUUGGAAAAAAUAUAUAAAUAUCUGAAUGUGCUGACAUUUAGAUAGGCCUCCCCUUCAUUCGGGAUUUCAUUUCUGGUUACUAGCAUUCUGAGGGAUCUGUUUUCAGUUUUGAUAGGAUUUCUCGAUUUUUCAAAAAACAACUUUUUGGCACGUUUUUGUUAGUGGAUAUUAGUUAUGCAGAUUAACGAGUUCCAUUUUUUCAGAUUCAUACAUGCACUCAACGUUCUGUAAUCACCUCCCUAUCACUCUAGACUUUUCUCAUUCACCAAGUUCAGUUAACCUCAGUUGAAAACUGAUAGGGUUUAAAGAUACUUACUAUAUACCCAUUUCUGCUUUCAUUUUCAAAUAAAGCAUUAAGCUAAAAAUUGCAAUUAGGAAUGCUUAAUUUUGUAAGCGCUUUACCCAAUUCCAACCAUAGUACAAAUGGCGUUGAAAUUCCCAGGGUCUCUCUAUGGGAAAAAAAAUGCUGAUAUUGAGCUAUAUAAAUAGAAUUCUAAUUUGGAAAGUUUCUCAAAAGCAAGAGAAAAAGUAUCUUACCCUGCACAGCUUCCCUAAAAAAAUGAUUCAAAACCAUAUCGUUACCCAAAAGAUUUAAUCCCAUUUGAUAGAAUUUCACACUAUAAGGUAACAUGAUAAACCGCAGGCAAUAUGGGCAGAGAUUUUGGCUUAAUUCACUCAGCUUCAAUGCUUCUAAUUCAGACUUCAGAAUACCACUCUGAGUGAACAGCUUCUUGCUGCUGCUUCCAUUUCUGAACCCAUUGAUGCUAAACCUUCAAGUAUGUCCACGAUGGUUUCUAAUAAUGGCAGCAGCAUUUUGGAAGUAUGGAAGAGAACCAAGCCACGUUUGCUUGAACAUGAGUUCAUACGAUAGCCUUUAAUCCUCAGUUAAUUUUGCUCUAUAGAUUAUAUAUUGAGAUAAAUUUGAAAGGUGACAGGCAGAAAAGUAUUUUUUGUGAUUAAACCCUAAAAACUAGUGGAAUUAGGAAGACUGUUUACAUAAUUUUUGUGUAUUUUUAGUUUAAAAGAGCUGUCAUGUUUCCUCUAAAGGCUGUCACAGCUACAACCCUAGCUAAUGAUGAAAUUCAGACAUUUCAUGCUGUUCUUGGAUAGGCGUGUGUUUGGGAGGACUGGGUCUGUCACAGCCGAGAGUUAGCCAAGUAUAUUCUCUGUCUGGGCCCUGUGGUAUUUAAUCAGCUUUCACUCAUGACACAUUUUAAAUAAAAAAUUUCUAGGCUCAUUAUCUUACACUGUUUGAUUGUCAGACACUCCACUGUACCAUUGUUUUGUUCUGUUACAUCCAUUUGAAUAUAGUCUGGAUCACCUGAAAGUAGGCUCUGUGGUUAUCUACAAUGAAGACCAUUUAUAGAAAUGCCUGGCUGAUAGAACUUUUAUCAUACACAUAUAUGCGUGUGCAUGCAUGCAUGUAUAAAAAUAGAGCAAGCAAGUGGACAUAAAUCAGAACCGCCCGUUAAAACGGUGCCAUGCCUCAUUAGCAAGCCAUGUGCACCACUGCCAGGUGUCCGGGCUGGAGCACUCAGGCGAGACAUGUCCUUGAGACAUGUGCUCGGCUUUUAGCAAAUGGAUCUUCGCAGCUCCAACAGCUGUUAUGCUUUGUAAAAAGUAACAAGCAACUGCUAAGUCCCCACGUGUAACUAAUAGAUCAAACCUCUACCACUAACAGCUGAUCACCUGUAAGGAAGGAGGCACAGGCUCUCAGGAAGUAGGGGUGGGAUGAGAGAUAAGAGUUUAAAAACAGUACUUUGUGAAAAUAAUUUGUGUUCACCAAUAAAUGUAGACAUUUUAGUAACUAAACAAAAAUGUCCAAUCUCUUAAGUAGUGGAAGUCUGAAUCAGAAAAUAUUUCAGUUCUAAAAUAAGGAAACAUUAUAAUAAGCAUGAAAACAUUUAAUUACAUGUUUAUCAAUAACCUAAGAAUAAGCCAGUUCCUUAAUCAUAUUGUGGAAAUACAGAAUUUAAAUUUAUAGAUUGCCCACGGAAAUUCUUCCUUAAAACCACUGAGCAAGUCAAGCAUUCUGAGAAAUCUAUGGAACAUAAAGUGAGAAAAAAGAGCUUCUCAUGUACCUCAGGAACUUGUAAUACCCUCAAUAGCAAAAGAUGUCUAUAGCCUGUGCUGUUUAAUCUUGGGAACACGGCAUAUUUAUGUGUUUUCAAAAUCAAAGUCCAACAAAAAUGUAUUUGUUCUCCAUUCUUGCUUCAUAGCUACAAUGUAGGCAUUUAUCCAUCUUUGUAUAGAAUUUAUGUAACAUUUGCUACUUUUGGCAGGGAUUAUUCAAGAAAUAGAUAUAUAGAUAUAUAGAUAUCAAUGUCAGUUUAUUUUGUAUAAUUGAUGCAAUUCUAAAAUACAGUGGUCAUUAUCAUAAUUGUCUACUUAUGUCUUAGCUCAAAAAUUGUAAGUGACUAAGGCUAAAUAUAACCUGUCACAAUUUUCUCACAACACUGAUUUCAAUAAACUGUCUUUAAUGAUUACAGUACUGAUAGUGUUUCCUUUUGAGACAGAAGACUUUUGUAACUUAACAAAGUAUCCUGAAGUGGUAGUAACACUGUCUGGUUCAUUGAAGUUUGAAACACUGUUAACUCUAGAAGCAACUAAAUCU